UAAUGAGCAUUAGAUUAUAAGACAUGAAGUUAUUUCUUGUUAAAGACGACUAACCAGUCAAAAUAGAAUUGAAAUAACAAGAUGAUAUUCUAUUCAACCUUGUUACUAAAGCAGGUUUUUAUACCAGAAUAGCUUUUAGAUCGAUCACCAAUCAAUAUUUUAGUUCCAGUAAUUGAAGGCAAUUAACCUAUUACAAUUAAAGUAAAUGAUUACAAUGCUGAAAUCCUUCCAGACAAUCUUGAAAUGUAGUCAACAUAUAAAUUGCUACUUGAAAAUGGGUAACUUAAUUAAGAACCUAUUUAAUCUGGAGAUACUUUUGCAUUGUCAUUCAAAGUUCGAAAUGGAAAUACAAAUACUUAAGGAAUAACAGGAAAUUCAGUAAUGAAUGGAUCAACCCUAUCAACUUUAUAACUAUCCUAAUUGAGACACAAAUUGGUUGAAUAAGGUAAAGGAACAUCAAUGUAUUAAUCUGCUUCAUCUCUCAGACACAGUAUACCUGAAGUAUCUUUUUCAAAAGCUCAGAGGUUAGUAUUAUCAUUAUUAUUAUAGAUUCGAUAAAAACUUAACUCUCAAAACUGAAUUCAAUUACAGUAUUCCUGAUACUAUAGGAUCAUAAGGCAGAUAAACUGGUUUCGGAUAUGGCAAUAAAUUCAUUUCUCCUUUAUAUGUUCAAAGAAAUGCUGAACAGAAUCCACCUCCUGAUGCAUAUUUCAAUGAAGAAACCAAAUAACCCACCAAAUAUCGAAAAACAAAUUGGUCUUAAAGUGAGAGAUUCAAAAUGUCAUAAACUGUUCAAGGACCUAGUCCUAAUUCCUAUGAUGUUACAUAAAUUAUUGGUUAAAAUAAAGUAAAUUAAAAAAUGGAUAAUUUAAUUAUAGCCCUCUUGUACUAUUGGAGCUAGAAUAAAGCCAUUAGCUACAUUUUAAGAAAAGGUUCCUGCCUCUAAUACUUAUGAAAUUAAAACUUAAAUUAUUGAGCCUUCAAGAUUUAAUAAGAUAACACUUGGAUAUGGUAACAAGUCUGAUUUCACCAAAAAUGAUAAAACUCCUGGACCUGGUACUUAUGAAUAACCUUCAGUUUUUAAAAAUAUGUCUUCUUCUAUAUUAAAUAAUGGAACAUUAAGAACAAAUGUAAUGAGAAAAUGA